AAAGGCGGUGCUGUGACUGUCCCAGAAACACUGCUCUUCAUAUCCACUCUGGAUGGAAACCUUCACGCAGUGAGUAAAAGCACAGGUGACAUCAAGUGGACGCUGAAGGAUGGUGAACCAGCAUUCCUUCCGGACCCCAAUGAUGGCAGCCUGUAUAUCCUGGGAGGAAAAAACAAAGAAGGCUUGAUGAAACUCCCGUUCACCAUCCCGGAGCUGGUCCAGUCCUCGCCGUGCCGCAGUUCGGAUGGCGUGCUCUACACCGGGAAGAAGCAGGACACCUGGUUCAUCGUGGACCCCAAGUCAGGAGAGAAGCAGACCACCCUCUCCACAGAGGCCUGGGAUGGUCUGUGUCCGUCAAGUCCCCUGCUGUACAUCGGCCGUACCCAGUACGUCAUCACCAUGUACGACACCAAGUCGCGAGAGCUGCGCUGGAACGCCACCUUCUCCGACUACUCGGCGCCGCUCUGUGAGGAGUCCUACCACUACCAGAUGGCACACUUCGCCUCGAGCGGGGACGGACUGGUGGUGACGCUGGACAAGGAGAGCGGGGAGGUCCUGUGGGCGCAGAACUAUGGUUCGCCCGUGGUCGGCAUCUACGUGUGGCAUCAGGACAGCCUGCGACGCAUCCCCCACCUCAACCUGGCCAUGGAGACCCUGCGCUACCUGACCUUUCACUCGCAGGACAUCCACCUCCUCAAGUGGAGCUACCAGUCCGUGAAGGACUUUGCCGCCACCAAGACCCAGCUGCUGCCAGCGCUCUACGUGGGGAAGUACGCAGCCAGCUUCUACGCCUUGACGUCCCUGGUCCACGGCAGCGUGGCUCUGGUGCCGCAGGGCAUCACGCUGGCCAGGAUCGACGGUCCCACCACGGAUGAUGUGACCAUGAGAGAGUCAGGGGAGUGUGAGAUCACGCCUAGCACCGACGUCAAGUACCCACAGGGCAGCAUCACCUCGCUCCACAACCAGUGGCUCCUAAUAGGGCACCACGAGCUGCCUCCCGUGGUCCACACUACGAUGCUGCGAGCCUUCCCAGAGAACCUGAGGAAGACAACAGAAACCAUCAUCCCCAGGGCUCCUCCUGCCAGAACGGUAUUCGAUGAUUUUCUGGCCCCGAGCAGCCCGGAGGAGCCCGCUGUCCGCAGCGAGGGGCCGUCAAAACUGCAGAAGCAGCAUGCGGUGCAGCAGCAGCAGCUGGAGAAGCAAAUUCUGUUGCUGCAGCAGCAGCAGGAGAUGCUGCUCCCAGGCCGGGUUUCCGAGGAGGGUGUUCCUACGGAGUCCGGGAAGGCGGGGAUGAGCCAGGGAAGCACAUCGCAGCUCUCGCAGAGCUCUGGCCCUUCAUCCCACCGGAAGGACCUGGCUAAUGGGAUGGUCAGCCCGGAUCCGGCUGUCCCAGCGGCUGCUGAAGAUGCUGAACCAGAUGUGAUUGUAGUUGGGAAAGUUUCUUUUAACCCCAAGGAUGUGCUGGGCCACGGAGCUGGAGGAACCUUUGUCUUCAGGGGACAGUUUGAUGGCCGGAAUGUGGCUGUGAAGCGCCUCUUGCCUGAGUGUUUCCAUCUCGUGGACCGUGAGGUCCAGCUGCUCCGAGAGUCGGAUGAGCACCCCCACGUCGUCCGCUACUUCUGCACCGAGAAGGACAAGCAGUUCCACUACAUCGCCAUCGAGCUCUGCUCUGCCACGCUGCAGGAGUAUGUGGAAAGCCCCAGCUUCGAUCGCCGCAGCCUGGACCCGGUGUCUCUGCUGCGUCAGACCAUGUCCGGGCUGGCCCACCUCCACUCCCUCAGCAUCGUCCAUCGUGACCUGAAGCCCUGUAACAUCCUCAUCUCUGUCCCGAAUCGCCACGGGCAGAUCCGAGCUGUCAUCUCUGACUUUGGCCUCUGCAAGAAGCUUCAGGGGGGACGACAGAGCUUCAGCCUCCGCUCCGGCAUCCCUGGUACCGAGGGCUGGAUCGCGCCGGAGGUGCUGCAGGAGGCCCCGAAGGAGAACCCUACGUGCGCUGUGGACAUCUUCUCAGCCGGCUGUGUCUUCUACUACGUGGUGUCAGGAGGGCAGCACCCGUUUGGGGACAGCUUGCGGCGACAGGCCAACAUCUUGUCGGGCUCUUACCAGCUGAGCUGCCUGCAGGAUGAAACUCAUGACAAGCUUGUUGCGAGAGAGUUGAUUGUGGCAAUGAUCAGCCCCGAGCCCCAGCGCCGACCCUCGGCCACUGUGGUCCUCAUGCACCCUUUUUUCUGGAGUCAGGAAAAGCAGCUGCAGUUCUUCCAGGACGUCAGCGACCGCAUCGAGAAGGAGCCUGCCGAGGGGCCCAUCGUCUCGGCGCUGGAGGCGGGGGGGCGGUCGGUGGUGAGGACCAACUGGAGGAUGCACAUCUCCCUCCCGCUGCAGACAGACCUGAGGAAGUUCCGCACCUACAAGGGGGCUUCGGUGCGUGACCUCCUGCGGGCCAUGAGGAAUAAGAAGCAUCACUACCAUGAGCUGCCGGCCGACGUCCGGGCAGCCCUGGGCUCCGUCCCCGACGGCUUUGUGCAGUACUUCACCUCCCGCUUCCCACGGCUGCUGCUGCACACACACGAGGCCAUGAGGGUCUGCGCCCACGAGCGGCUUUUCCACUCCUACUACUGCCAGGGUCUGGAAGGCGACAGCAGGUGA